UUCUACUUCUGCAGUCUGCCUUCCUUUCCUUCUUCUCCACCCUUGUUCUUCCAUAAUCAAGAAACAGACAGAGCAAUGAAGAAGGAAAAUACAGGCUCUUUCUUCUCCGAUCAAUCCCAACUCUUCACAUGAAGAAGCCUCUUCUCUCCCAUACAAUCAUACUCUUCUUCCUCGUAUCAUUGUCUCCGUCGCCGCCGCCGCUUGUAGCUGCUCUCAUCUCCACCUCCACUACCAUCAGUAUCAGCAACAAUGGUGUCUCCACCACAGUAUGCGGCAUCCUUGCGGGUAACACCACUCAGAGAAUUCAAUGCUUUAGAGCCGGACAAACUUUUUUCAUCUCUCCCAAUGUCUCCUUCGAAUCUAUCUCCGGCGGCCCUGGAUUAUUAUGUGGCCUCAGGUCUGGCGGUUUCAGCCUCCUUUGUUGGGACACUAACCAUUUCCACCCUAAGCGAAUUUACUACAGUGCUGACCACCCUUUAACGGAUUUAACCGUCGGAGGAACCUCCCAGGUCUGCGCCAUUCAUGUCGGCAGUGGCGCCGCCUCUUGCUGGAAGAGAUUUCCGGCACCACAGGAGGAGGCUGAUAUUACAGCGUUUGAUUCGAUCACUUCCGGUGGUGGGUUCUCUUGUGGGAUAACGAAGAAGGAAAAGAAAAUCGUCUGUUGGGGAAACCAAAUCGGAGCUCAAAUUCAAAAGGAAUUUAGUAACUACACCAUGGUAAACUUUGUCGCAGGUAAAUCCCACGCCUGUGGAUUAAUGGAAGACGGAAGUUUAAUCUGUAAAGGAAACAAUGCAGACGGUCAACUUGACGUCCCUUCUCACUCUAACUUUGAAUUCGCAAAUUUGGCUUUGGGGACAAAUCACACUUGCGCCAUCAGAAGGAUAAACGGGUUAGUCCUUUGCUGGGGAAGAGGGUUCAACUUCAAUGGGUUUGAAUAUUAUAACAAUCCGAUUAAAACCCUUUCCUUUGAGUCCAUAACCGCUGGUUGGGGGAUAACUUGUGGGAUAACGACCAAGAAUCUGACAGUUGUGUGCUGGGGGCCGGGCUGGUCGGCCGGGCUUCUCUCUCUUCCCCUGUUAACAGUGAUUCCAGGCCCAUGUAAGGAAUCUUCUUGCAGUAUCUGUGGGAUUUUCCCUAACUCGGCCAACCUUUGUGCCGGUUCAACAAGUAUAUGCAAAUCAUGCGACAUUGAGCUUCCUAUUCCGGCGUUCCUUCCACCGCCUUUGCCGCCUGGAUCUUCGCCACAGCCUCUAUAUCCUCAUCGGGGUGCCAAAGAAAGGUUGCUUUUGGCUUUUGGCAUUGUUGGAUCCAUCGGACUUGUUGCUGGCAUUUGCUCAAUUGGUUACCUCUUAUGGAGGUUAGGAGUUUGCCGGAUUUUGCAGGACAGGACAAUUGACGGAGAGAAUAGUGUAAAAUGCGGUGGCGGCUCUUUGAAACUGAAUCGCCAGAGGAGUGGAACUUCGUCGCAGCAUGCUGACAAAGCUGAGGAAUUCUCUUUGGUUGAGCUAUCAGCCGCAACGGGAAAUUUUGCAGAAGAAAACAAGAUUGGCGGGGGAAGUUUCGGGACGGUGUACAGAGGAAAACUGUUUGACGGGCGAGAGGUGGCAAUCAAGAGAGGCGACAUGAACCCUGAAAGGAUGAAGUUACAAGAGAAGGAGACAGCGUUUGGGUCGGAAUUGGCGUCAUUGUCUAGGCUCAAUCACAAGCACCUGGUUGGCCUGAUCGGAUAUUGCCAAGAGAAAGACAAGGAAGAGAGGCUUCUGGUUUACGAGUACAUGAGAAACGGAUCUCUACACGACCAUCUCCACAACAACAAGAACAAGAACAACAUGUUGAGUUGUUGGAAAAUGAGGAUCAAAAUAGCACUAGACGCCGCCAGAGGGAUCGAGUACCUACACAACUACGCAGUUCCCCCGGUUAUCCACAGAGAUAUCAAGUCGUCCAACAUUCUCCUCGACUCUGAUUGGACAGCUAAGGUUUCCGACUUCGGAUUAUCCCUAAUGGGUCCUAAGUCCGAUCAGGAGGCGGUGAUGUCAACCAAGGCAGUCGGCACGGUCGGAUACAUCGAUCCGGAGUACUACGUUCUUAACAUUCUCACGGUUAAGAGCGACAUCUACAGUUUAGGGGUGGUGCUGCUAGAGCUGCUGACGGGCAAGAGAGCCGUUUUCAAGGAUGGCCCAGGGUUGGGUCCGAUUGGGGUGGUGGAUUACGCUCGGAAACGGAUAAUGAACGGAGAAUUGUUGGCAGUUUUGGACAGAAGGGUAGAGCCCAUGGAAAGGAGCGAGGCUGAGGAAGAGGCGGUGGAGGUGCUGGCUUACAUGGCAGUGCGUUCUGUGAGCUUGGAAGGGAGAGAGAGACCCAACAUUGGGGAGAUUGUUGCAAAUUUGGAGAGAGCUUUUGCUCUAUGUGAACAAGGAACCACUUCUUCUUUUCUUCCUUAAUUAUUAGCUAAACAAACAAACUCGAUAUCAAGAAUUUUAACAAUCAGCUUUUUUGUAUCCACAAUUAAAUAUUCUUGAAAAUAUAGAAUUCAUUUCCAGCAA